AAUAAUUCCAGUGUGGGUGUCAUCUACAAGUGUACCAAGUCGUGAAGUUCUGGUGUACGCACUCCUUGAUACACAAAGUGACACAACCUUUAUCCUCGACGAGACAGCGAAGGCUCUCAAUGCUAGGAGUGAACCAGUUCAGCUAAACCUCUCCACGUUGGCUUCAAGAAACACAAUCGUGUCCUGUCGGAAGCUAGCUGGUCUACAAGUUAGAGGUUUUUAUUCAGACAAGAUAAUCACUCUUCCAGUGACUUACUCAAGAGAGUUUAUCCCUGCAAACAGAGACCAUAUUCCCACACCAGAUACGGCGAAAGCAUGGCCUCAUCUUGAACACAUUGCAGAUGAGAUCGCUCCUCAGCAAAGCUGUGAUGUCGGCCUGUUAAUUGGCUACAACUGUGCCCAAGCCCUCGUUCCAAGACAAGUGGUGCCUGGUGAGGAACACCAGCCGUUUGCACAAAAGACAGACUUGGGCUGGAGUGUAGUGGGAUAUGGCAACCCGUGUCUCAACUAUGGAGAUGCAAUUGGAAUAAGUCACCAAGUCAUGGUGAAGCAAGUGAUGCCAGGUCUACCGUCCUCUUCAGACCUCACAAAGGAAGUGCACUAUGUCUGUAGGACACAGAUCAAAGAAGUUCUCUUACCUGCAGAUGUCAUCAAGAUGCUGGAGUCUGACUUCGUUGAAAGAGAGUCGGAAACCAGCCCCAUCUCUCAAGAAGAUCUAAGGUUCCUGUCAAAAAUGGAAAAGAGCAUCAAGUUAAAGAGCGACGGUCAUUACGAAAUGCCGCUGCCAUUCAAGAAAGAAAGACCUAACUUACCUGAUAAUAAGAUCUGUGCUAUCCAUCGUCUCAGGUGCCUAGAAAGAAGGCUGAGAAGAAACGACCAGUACUACAAAGACUACAAGACCUUCAUGGAUGAGACCAUAAGACGCGGAGAUGCAGAAAGGGUCCCGGAGGAAGACAUCCACAAAGCUCCAGCUUGGUACAUUCCGCAUCAUGGGGUGUAUCAUCCACAAAAGCCUGGGAAGAUACGCGUUGUCUUUGAUUGCUCCGCCAAGUACCAAGGAACGUCCUUGAACGACCACCUCCUGACGGGUCCUGAGUUGACAAACACCUUGGUGGGAGUUCUGUAUCGCUUCCGAAGAGGUCCUGUGGCAAUCAUGUGUGACAUCGAACGCAUGUUUCACCAGUUCCAUGUUAAGGCAGAAGACCAAGAUUACCUGCGGUUCUUUGGUGGGACAAUGGAGAUCUCGAAAGCCAACCUUCCAUCUAUCGGAUGAAAGUCCACUUGUUUGGUGCAGCAUCGUCACCUGGCUGUGCCAACUAUGGGCUGAAGCAUGUCGCUGCUGAAGGACAAGGAAACUUUAGUGACGACACCAUAAAGUUCAUUCAACGGAACUUCUACGUGGAUGAUGGAUUGUCAAGUGUAGCAUCCGAAGACCAAGCGAUCCAACUGGUGAAAGAAGCAAGAGAACUUUGCAGCACAGGCAAACUCCGGCUGCAUAAGUUUAUCUCUAAUAGCAAGAAGGUCCUAGACGCAAUCCCAAAAGAAGAAUGUGCUGCAGCUGCCAAAGACAAGGACAUGGCACUGGGUGAACUGCACAUGGAAAGAGCACUCGGUGUGCAGUGGUGCGUGGCUUCUGAUGAGUUCCAGUUCAGAGUAAUCGUCAAGGAGAAUCCACUUACUCGAAGAGGAGUCCUGUCCACAGUCGCUUCAGUCUACGACCCUCUUGGAUUUGUGGCACAGUUCAUCUUGUUGGGAAAGCAGAUCCUGCAGCAGAUGUGUCGUGACAAGCUCAGUUGGGAUGACACCUUACCUGAUGACCUACGACCUCUGUGGGAAAGCUGGCUUCAAGACCUGCGGAAUCUAGCCGAGGUGAAGAUUCCAAGAUGCUACGUUCCAUCAAGCUUCAAGGUCCAACACUACGAACUCCACCAUUUCGCCGAUGCCAGUGAGUCAGGCUAUGGAGAGUGCUCGUACCUCAGAGCAGUGAGUACGUCAAGUGAAGUCCACUGUUCCUUUGUAAUGGGAAAGUCGAGAGUCGCUCCUACUAAGGUCACAACCAUACCAAGACUCGAGCUGUCAGCAGCAGUGGUAGCUGUCCGCACCAGUGACAUGCUCAAGAAAGAACUGGAAAUAGAAUGCCUACAAGAAGUCUUCUGGACUGAUUCAAGAGUGGUCCUUGGUUACAUCAAUAAUGAAGCCAGAAGAUUUCACGUGUUUGUGGCAAAUCGUGUGGAACGCAUCAAGCAAAGCACAGAGUCUACACAAUGGAAGUAUGUGGCUUCAGAAGAUAAUCCAGCAGACUACGCCUCAAGAGGUCUCACAGCAGAGCAACUGGUAUCCUCUAACUGGUUCACAGGCCCAGACUUUCUUUGGCAGAAGGAGUUACCAAGUGGAGAUGUCAAGGUGGGAGAGAUCACAUAUGACGAUCCUGAGCUUAAGAAGGUCCAGGUUCUCGACACCCAGGCGAAAGAAGUCAAGUCGCUGCUAGAUCGCCUACACAAGUUUUCAGACUGGUCCAAAAUGGUGAAAGCUAUCGCCAGACUCCAGCGCCAUGUGAAAGAAAUUAAAGGGCUUCAGCCAAAGUCCUGUGAAGCCUGCAGUUUGGAGGAAAGGAGAGAAGCGGAGUUGACAAUAAUCAAGAUGGUUCAAGAAGCAACCUUCUCACAAGAUAUACAGUUACUCCAAAGUGACAAGGAGACGCCAGUCAAGGGCAAAGCCAAUAAGUUGCACCGGUUAAGUCCAUUCCUGGAUGACCAAGGUGUCCUCAGAGUUGGAGGCCGCUUAACUCAUGCUGCCCUACAUCCACAGGUGAAGCAUCCAGCGGUCCUUCCAAAGGACAGUCAUGUGUCAAAUUUACUUGUCAAGCACUAUCAUGAAAGAGUGUACCAUCAAGGACGAGGAAUGACCAUGAAUGCGCUCCGAUCUAAUGGCAUAUGGAUACUGGGCUGCAGCAAGGCUGUAUCAUCCCAUAUCUACAAGUGCACUAAGUGCAGGAAGUUCAGAAGAUGCACUGAACAGCAGAAAAUGUCAGACCUUCCAGAGGACAGAAUGGAAACAGCUCCUCCAUUCACCUACUGCGGUAUGGACUGUUUUGGACCAUUCUACGUAAAGGAAGGAAGGAAAGAGCUAAAGCGUUAUGGAUUGUUACUUACCUGCAUGUGUUCCAGAGCGGUUCACGUUGAGAUGCUUGACGAUAUGACCACGGAUGCCUUCAUUAACGCAUUGCGUUCAUUCAUCGCCAUUCGUGGAAAGGUACGUCAGAUAAGAAGUGAUCAAGGAACAAACUUCGUCGGAGCAAGACGAGAGUUUGCUGAAGCAUUGAAAGAAAUGGAUCAGGAAGAGCUCAAGCAGCUUGGAUGUGAGUUCAUCAUGAACACCCCAGCUUCAAGUCAUAUGGGUGGCGUCUGGGAAAGACAAAUUCGCACCAUAAGAAGUGUCUUGACGUCCAUUCUAGAACAGUCAGCUACGCAGCUUGACUGCUCCUCUCUAAGAACGUUCCUGUAUGAAGUCAUGGCAAUAGUGAACAGUAGACCUCUGAGCACUGAUUGUCUAAAUGAUUCAUCCAGUCCAGAGCCCCUGACACCAAACCACAUUUUGACCAUGAAGUCCACGAUACUCGCUCCACCUCCUGGGAAGUUCGUCAAGGAAGAUCUAUACCUACGCAAGAGAUGGCGUCGAGUUCAAUUCUUAUCCAACCACUUUUGGACAAAAUGGAAGAAGGAGUACCUCCUGAGCCUCCAACAGAGACAGAAGUGGACCAAAGAUCGCAGGAAUGCAAAGGUCGGCGAUGUUGUACUCCUGCAAGAUGAUACUACACCACGUAACCAGUGGAGGAUGGCAAAGGUUAUCGAAGUGUACCCAGGAAAGGAUGGGAAGGUGCGAAGACUCAAGUUGCUCAUCAGCGACUCAACCCUUGAUGAGAAAGGAAAGCGUAUCUCCAAACCUGUCCACCUGGAAAGGCCCAUCCAUAAGACGGUGACGCUGAUGGAAGCAGACUGAAGACUCCGACCUCUCUCUUUCUUUUCCUCCCCUCUCUCUCUCUAUCUGUCUCAAUACAGGUGCAAUCAUGGUGAUCGUUCUCUGGGGAAGCCAAGGACUGAAGUUUAGUUUUUUUUUGUUUAUCCUUUCUACGCAGUAUGUUGUCUCUCAAUAGUUGAAGAAAAUCAUAUACAUGUGAUAUGUUUUGGUGGGAGUGUAACUGCCUCUGUGUCAGUCAGCGCAGUAUUUCUGAGUUAUUUAUUUUGGUAGGAACCAAAGUUCUCUAAGGCGGAACCUUUGUUUUUUGUAUCGCCCGUUUCCGUCAGGACAUACUUUAGCGUAACACUCAUCAAAAAAGUCCGCUGAUUUAGUACAUGUUUUUCAGUGCUGAUGCAUCUGCAAAAUAGCUCUUAGCAUCAAGAUAAACAAUCCUACAGAGUAAUGCCAAGCUACACAACUUUCCUCAUGCAAUGCAGCUACUAAGUUUUCACGGUCUGGAUGAACCAAAUAAAUCCUGCCAGUAAACAAAAAGGAAACUCGUUGCUGUCGUUUGUACUGAGGGAAUUAU